AUGAUCAGUCGUUAUUCGAGCUCAUUAUAUUCGUUAUGUCGGUCUGCCUACAUCCCCAUGAGAACAUUCGCUUCUAACCAGGAGUUGUUUGAGAAAGCUCAGGCAAACGUGAAGACUCUAACAGAAGAGCCAGAUGUGGACGUUAAACUGCAAAUGUAUGCCCUAUUUAAGCAGGCUACUGUUGGAGACGUCCAAGGAAGCCGUCCAGGAAUGAUGGACUUUGCUGGUAGGGCAAAAUUCGAUGCUUGGACUAAGGUUAAAGGAAUAAGCAAGGAAGAGGCGCAAGCGAAAUACGCCAAAAUUGUUGAAUCGUUACUGGGUGAACAGUCACCUCCGCCAGCGGCUGGAUCCACUCCAAUGGGAUUGAAGCCUGUUGAAGGGCUGGAUGGGAUUAUGGCCGCUCUAGACGCGUCGAAUAAAGAUAAAUCAACCUCAAUCACAGUUAUAACAGGCGCCGGAGAUUUCUUCUGUUCUGGCAAUGAUCUCAGUAAUUUCGCGAAAGCUGCUUCUGCCAGCAAAGAAGAAGUUAAGGAAAUGGCCGAAACCGCUGCUGUGGUUUUGAAAGAGUAUAUCCAGGCUUACAUUGAUCAUGAGAAACCCCUGGUAUGCCUCAUUAACGGCCCUGCCGUAGGCAUCGCCGUCACCGUCUUGCCGCUGUUUGACUACGUCCUUGCUACAGACAAGAGCACCUUCCACACUCCAUUCUCCACGCUUGGACAAUCUCCAGAAGGUGCGUCGUCCUACACCUUCCCGAUUCUCAUGGGACAACUCCGUGCAUCAGAGUUUCUGAUUCUCAACAAAAAAUUCUCUGCUCAUCAAGCGCUCGAAGCGGGACUCGUGAAUGAGAUCGAGUGCAAAACUAUAUGCGAGCGUUGGCAGUCAAAAGAAUGCGCAGCUGCUAUAGCUGCUUUCCUCAGUCGGUCCAAGAAGUAG